UUAAAAAAAAAAAACGUCAGCAGGCGAUGUUAGAUUUGCUAGAGUUGUCCGGUAAACGAGCGUAGGAUUUAAAAUUUCAAACAACUUAAUUUUGGAUUGGAUUUAAUAUAUAGAUUUAUUUUUAUAACAGUAUAUCUUAAUAUAAUAAAUUACCGUUUUCUAUUCGCUAUGGAACCUAUGGCUUUGGGUAGCCCCACACAUUCUCCUUCAGGAAGUCCAAACGUGGGCUACUUGCCCCCUUUUUUGUUAGGUGAAAUAAAUCCCCCAACAACACCUCGAACAAACAGCUUAUCGCCAACAAAGGGAAGAAGUCUUGCUUUUGGUUCACCAACAAGUCCAUCUCAGACUUCCACACCCGAUCAAAAAGUUUAUCGUCAGAGUAUGUUAAUGCACCAACAAGCAAUAUAUAAUCAGCAACACGUAUUUUCAAACAUUCCAUCGUCACCCAAUGUUUCAUUCUCUACCAAACCAAGUGGACCUCCUAUUGAAGACCUAUUUGAUACUAUUAAGUCUGAACCGUCAAUCAAUAAGUCACUUUUUCAAGAUCACAGCUUUGUUGGAUAUGGUAACAACAAUUCAUUUCUACAGAACUCAAAUGUAAAUAAUGCUUCAGUGAAUAACCAUUCUUUGACGUCACAAUGGCAAGAUGGAUGUCAAGAAAUAGAUGAAUAUUGGAUCACAGUAUUUGGGUUUCCUCCAAAUGCUGCAAAUACUGUACUGGCCAGAUUUAGCAAUUGUGGAGCUAUUUUAGAUAAGCAAUACCCAACUCAGGGUAACUGGGCACACAUCAGGUAUGCUACUAGAGCAGAGAAAGAGAGAUCACUAGCUUUAAAUGGGAGACAAAUAUUACCUGGUAUCAUGGUGGGAAUUGUUGAAUGUAAAGAUCCACCUAGGAUAAGUGCUCCAAGCCCUGGUGCAUUCCCAGAAAGACAAUCAACUCAAGCAAGAUCUCUGUGUCCUACUCCAAUGUCACAAGCCCCAGUGCCACAACGGUCAAGUGGACUGAUAUCGAAAGCAUUGGACUAUGUUCUCAGUUGGUGACAUAAAAUUAAAAUGAGGUCUUUAUUAAAGAUUAACCUAGGUCUGUUAUAAAACUCUAAACAGAAAAAAGUUGUUUUGUAAGUAGCUUUUUAGGUUGUUUCUAGAAUAUGGGCAUAAAUUUCAAUGUUUUUCUUUUCAAUUAAAAAGUAUUUAAUAUGCACAAUAUUAAUUAGUUGCUAAUAAUCAAAUUUUGUGACAUCUUUCAUUUUGGGUUUUCAUAAUUUAUGAUUAGUGAUUUGACUGGCUUCUAUCAGAGGUCUAUAUAGUUUAGGGACAGGGACCCUACUGAUACAAGAAAACAAAUUGUUAAUAACAAAAUACAAUUUAAUAUGGAACAACUUAAGUCCGAUAUCUUGAAAAUCAGAAAUUAAAAAAAAUUAAAUGAA